AUGGAUCAAACCUUAAUGGAUAAGGUUCAGAAUGAAUCCCAAGAAUCUGUUUCUACGGCGAUCAACAAAGUUUUUAGACCUUUGCUGUCAAAUCUUCUCCUAAACUUCGAUGAGCCAAAGUUUAGGAAAAUUAGAAUUGAAAAUCCAGUUAUCAAACGGUAUACUGAGGGGUUAUCGCACAAUUUCAGGGACUACCUGUUUAGUGUCUUGAAAUUUUCAGAAUCAAGUAAAGAGCCAGGGUUUUGGAUAUUUUUAGGCGAUAUAAAUGACUUAAAAGAUGCUGAUUCCGUUUUUUCUGCUAUAGAAAAAUACUUUAACGAAAAAAAACCGAAACUAUUGAAUCUACCUUCGCGAAGAAGAAAGGCUGAACCCCAUCCCAGUCAUAUUAAAGUUGCUUUACCGGCCUCACAGGGGGUUUCAUUUACUUGUUCACCACACGGCAAAAGUGAUGAAUUGUUUAAUAGCCCAUUUAUGGAAAAAGAUUUUGAAGCUGUUUCUCAUUUAACGGAAAUUGCUAGUCAAACGUUACUAAAUGUUUCAAGGGUUCGAAAUUGCUUCUUUGAUGCCAAAACCUUUACAUUGCGGCAGAUGCUUCAUGGACGUGUUUAUGUUUGCACGGAAAAUUGUGAGAAUUACUGCCUAGAAGCGCAUUGGCACCUUUUUUCUGGAAAAGGCUUAGUUUACGCUUAUGUUGCCCACCUUUCAAGCGAUGCGAAGCAGCUACUGCAUUUAGGAAUAGAGUAUGGAUACCAAUACAACAGUCUUCCGGGUUCCAGUAACUUUGGCAAAACAAUCAAUUUUAGUCAAAAACUUCUUUCUACUGAUGGUAAGUUGAUUAUUAAUAAUCAUCCAAACAAACCAGUGGAUUCAUGCAUUUAUUGUGGUGUCUCAUUCUCGAAAAUUUUCCUAUAACUUAUUAUUAUUAUUACUAUUAUUACUAUUAUUAUUAUUAUUAUUAUUGGUUUUCGGUUUCAACAUAUGCACUACUACUUCUACUACCAAUAAUAAUAAUAGUAAAAAUAGUAAUAAUAGUGGCUUAAUGAAAAUGUACCAAAAAAA